CACCGACGGUUCGAGUAAAACAUCCUUGAUCCUUUCACUCUUCCGCUGAGAUAGUUCUUACGUAAAGGUAAUAUGCAUGCUGUAUGAACUCUCAAAUAUAAACAAUGAAUUUAGUGCUGCUAUUAGUGUUUUCCUCGAUAGUUUUUAAAGUGAUUCUAAGUGAUGAAGUGCCGAAAUGUUGUGCUACACACGAAAUUUUAUCCAAAAAUGGAAUUACUUUUAAUUGUGUUCCUGAUUUGACCAGAAGACUGCAAAUAAAUACUAAGAAUACUAAUCACUUAGAAACUAACCCUAGAGAUACAUGUUACGAUGUAUUUGAAGAUAACUUUGUAGAACUUAAAGAGAACAAAGUGGAAAGAGUAACAGGUAGAUUUUUUCCAAAAUGUUGUCCCUUAGAUACUGUUUACAAUACCAAACUACAUUCCUGUGUAAAAAAGACAGUUUCCAAUAACAUUUUUAUUAACGAAACCUUUAUAAAAGUUGGCUUGGCAAAUUGCAAAAUUGUCGCUGAUUUCGAUUUGGAAAAAGACGCAGACUUUGAGUAUAAAUUAUUAGAUAGCCAUAAAAAAAUAAGAAGGACUUCAUUGCAGGAUUAUAGCUCAUUUUGUGUUGAUAAAACUGAGAGUGAUUCGUUCGUGAUAAGGGAAUGUCAAGACGGUUUUGAUAGCUGUGAUAACUUUAGAUGUAUUAAGAAAUGUUGUCCUGAUGGACAGAGCUUUGUAAAUGGUUCUAAGUGUCAAGACACUUAUGAACAUGGAAUCAAUCUGACUGUUUUGAGCAAAUUUGUGAAGAAUCAUGAGGGUGACUUCGCCAUUAUCCACAACCGAACUUGUUCCAAGAUCCACCUUGUGAAAGAGGACUAUAAUGCCACUGUAAAUGAUGAUGGCAGCUUCACCGAAUGGCUUCCAAGUGGUUAUCGUAUAGAGAGUGUUGCAGAACAGGUCUCAUAUUGCAUAGAGCACACCCAAAAAAAGAAUAUGAAUGGUUAUUUCAUGUUCCACUGUUUUCCUGAGAAACCCACGGGCCUUACCAAAUUCGAUUAUCGAUUAUGGCCUUUUAUAACGUCGUGUGUUUUCUUGGUGUUAACAGUUGUUGUUUAUAUUAUCAUCAAGGAGUGGAAAAAGAUGUUUGGAAAAAUAUUAGUGAGCUACUGUAUUGCUUCCUUCUUCGUUUAUGUCAUAUUGACGUUGGGACAACUGAAUACGGAACCGACUUUUACUGAUUGUCAACUAAGAGCCUUCUUACUGAUCUUUUUUGCAAUUGCUCAAUUUUCUUGGGCUAAUGUAAUGAGUUUUGAGAUAUGGUGUACGUUUGGUACCACAAAAAUAUAUUUAGGAACCAAUUAUCGAGAAGCAGAAUUGCGAAAAUUUAUGUUGUACAGCUUAUAUGGAUGGGGAACUCCACUAAUACUUACUCUCGUUACGCUGUUAUUCUCCAAAUGGACGGUUCUACCUUACGCUGUCCAGCCAUACAUAGGAGAAGUCAAGUGCUUCUUUGACAGUAAACAAGGAAAUUACGCAAAAUUCCUCUUCUUGAAUAUACCCCUGCUCAUAAUCCAAAUAGUAAAUAUGAUUUUCUUCGUCAAGACUAUUAUUUAUUGUGUAAGAGUGCGCAAUGAAAUUAACAAAAUUAAUGACGCACGAAUAACUCAUUCCAAAAAGAAGUAUAACCAUGACAGAGAAAGGUAUAAUUGGUUGUUCCUGAUUCUUAAGCUAUCGAUUGUUAUGGGAAUAUCUUAUAUCUUCGAAGUUGUGACUGCAUUCUUUAACAUGAGCGAACUGGGAACUGUACCAAAAUAUAUUGAAAUCAUAUUUGACACUUUUAAUGCUUUACAAGGUGUAUUUAUCUUCAUUAUAUUUAUUUGCAAGAAGAAAAUCCUUCUGAACUUAGCUCAGAAAUGUACGAUAUUUGGUAUACACUAUUCGCCGAAUACUUCAUCGGUUCGCACACAUUCCUCUUUGACGCUAAAUGGAGUUGCAAUGACAACCUUAGGAAAUCAGAAUAACAACCAAAAACUAGUUUAAGAUUUUAUUUUUUUGUAAUUUUGUAAUGAAAGGGACAUGUUAUUAUACAGGGUGCUUGGAAAAGAAUGGGCCAUAGCUUAAUAGCCGUUUUAAGCUAACUUACCUUAGUACAAAAGUUGAUAAUAACCGAAAUACAGGGUGUCAAAAUUAAACUUUAAUUUUAUUUAUUUUUGAAUAUUUCUCACAGGCAUGGGACAAUAACACAAAAUUUGGUAAGUGGUGCUGGUAUUGUACAAUCUACUAAAUUAUGUUAAACAAACGUUUCUGGCUACUACCAGAGGCGUACAACGGGGGAACGUGAAUGGUUGACCCUUCCCAAAUUCUACACCACUGGUGAAACUACUAUUUUAGUGCCAUUUCUUGAUUCUACAAUACUUUCUAUGUAAAAAACAUAUCUACUCUUCAUCCUUAAUAAUAAAGCCAUUAGUUUUCGAGAUAUUUGAAGCUAAAAAUGAAGGAGCAUAAUACAUUAAUCAAAAUAAGUGUGCCUUUUCAUUUUUAACUACAAAUAUCUCGAAAACUAAUGACUUUAUCGUUACGAAUGAAGAGUAUUUUAUUUGCAUAGAAAGUAUUGGAAAAUCUAAAAAAUAUGCUAAAAUGGCAGUUUUAUCAGUGGCGUAGAAUUUGGGAAGGGUCAACCAUUCACUUUCCCCUGUCGUACGCCUCUUGUAGUAGCCAGAAACGAUUAUUUAACAUAAUUUAGUAGGGUGUACCGUGCCUACACUUUCUGCCAAGUAUCACACGGAUAUGUCAAAUUAUUUUACAGUAUUAAAUUUUUUUAAAUAAUUUAUUCCUUAUUUAAAACUUUAAGAACUUUGUGUGCCCGUUACUAUAAAACUGAUUGACAUAUCCUUAUGGUUAAGUAUUUUCUAUUGGAAAUAAGCCACAAUUUUACUAAAAAAUGAAUUUAUUAACGUUUCGAAGCCCAAAUCGGGUUUCGUUGUCAAAAUAUAAAAUUCAUUUUUUAGUAAAAUUGUGGCUUAUUUCCCAUAGAAAAUACUUAAUUAUAAAAAUGCCACAAGGAAAUAGCUUCAGAACAACAUUAAAAUAUCCUUAUGGUACUUAGCAGAAAGUGUAGGUACUGUACACCCUACUAAAUUAUAUUAAAUAAUCGUUUGUGGUUAAUACCAGAGGCGUUCGACAGGGGAUAGUAAAUGGUUGACCCUUCCCAAAUUUUUACGCCACUGAUGAAACUGCUAUUUUAGCAUAAUUUUUAGAUUCUCCAAUACUUUCUAUGCAAAUAAUAUAGUAUUCAUUUGUAAGGAUAAAGUCAUUGGUUUUCGAGAUAUUUGAAGUUAAAAAUGAAAGGGCACACUUAUUUUGAUUAAUGUAUUAUGUCCCUUCGUUUUUAGCUUCCAAUAUCUCGAAAACUAAUGGCUUUAUCGCUACGAAUGAAGAGUAUGUUUUCUAUAUAGGAAGUAUUGGAUAAUCAAAAAAUUGCACUAAAAUAGCAAUUUCUCCAGUGGCGUAGAAUUUGGGAAGGGUCAACCAUUCAUGUUCCCCCGUCGUACGCCUCUGGUAGUAGCCAAAAACGUUUGUUCAUAAUUUAGUAGAAUGUACAAUACCAGCACUACUUACCAAAUUUCGUGUUGUUGUCCCAUGCCUGUCAGGAAAUAUUCAAAAAUAAAUAAAAUAAAAGUUUAACUUUGACACCCUGUAUUUAGGUUAUUAUCAACUUUUGUACUAAGGUAAGUUAGCUUAAAUCGACCUAUUUUAAACUCAGGAAUCUAAGGUUAAGCUAUGGCCCAUUCUUUACCAAACACCCUGUAUACUAAUACUACUAUCGGUUUACAGCGCAGCGUUCUCCGACGCCUUCUGACUCCUAACCGCUAUUCUUCUCUGUUUAACCAUAGACCAGGAGGAAUUUCUAUUUCCUCUAGUUCUUUUACAAAUCACUCUCUCCAGAUUCUUCUCGACCAUUCUCUUUUCCUUCUCCCUUGCGUUGUCCACGCCAAAAUCUGUUUAAGGAUUCUGUCAUAAUAUGGCAUUCUCUGUACAUGGCCGUAGCCUAUUAGUUGUUUUGUUUUUAUAUCAUCAAUUAUUUUAUGUGUGACUCCCAUCAUUUCUCGUAUUCUCUCAUUUGGUAUCCGAUCUCUUCUUGAUUUGCCUGCUGUUCUUCUUCAGAAGUCCAUUUCUGUUACUAGUUUUCUCUGUUCUUUGUUCCAGUGGCCAAACUUCACUGGCAUAUGUGAUUACACUUUUAAGUAUGGUAUUGUAUACGAGCUGUUUGUUCGCUUUAGAUAUUGUUUGGUCCCACAGAAUGUUGUUCAUCAUGGAUAUGGAUUUUUUACCCUGCAUGUUUCUGUCUUUUAUAGCAGCAUCAACUAUUCCAUCUUGAGUUAUCUUCAUGCGCAGGUACUUGAAUUCAUCACAGUGUUUAAUUUCUACCUCAUCGUCUAAUGUAAUGGACUGCUUUGUGCUUUGUUCCUCCAAUACAUAUGGACUAAGUUUUAUGCAUAUUAUCUACGAGACCUCAUUUGUUAUAUUUUUCUAUUAACUUCCGCGUCAUUUAACUGAAAUCGUCAUAAUCAUGAGCAAUCAGAAUUUGGUUAUCAGCCAAAGAUAAAGUGUAUAGUGUUAUCUCGUCAUUGAGAAGGAUUCCCAUGCCAUUACAUUUUCUUUUCCACAGCUUGAGUGCUUGUUCCAGAUAAAUUUUGAAAAGGGUAGGCGAAAUGCAGUAAGCCUGCUUCAAUCGUUUACUCACUUUAAAUCCCUCAGAUAUUCUUGAUCCAGUUUUAAUAUUUGCAGUGGUUCCACUAUACAGACUUUGGACUACUUUGAUAAGACCAUGUUUAAUCUUGGUUUGCUGUAGGGUUGACCCCCUAGAUAUGGAUUCCAUCCAUAGUGGUUUUAAAAUAUACCGAUAUUACGAGAAAAGGUUUGAUUAAAGUUUGAACAUUCACGGAUUCAGUGAACAUUUUUUAGACUCUUCUUCGUUUUCUAGUCUUACACAAAAGUACCUGCCUUUAAAUUUUUAGCAUCUUCCUCUUGUUAAGAUACCUACCCUUUCCAGGUCUUGGCGAUUAGCAUGGUUUUCCUAACUUUGUUUGCAGUUAUUCGGAAUAAUACGGUUGUAGACGUAUUAAACAACUUUCUCAGAUUUCGAAGUUAGGAUAUACUUCUUUUCCCUGGUCUUCCCCUCGAAGUACAUACCUUGCCCUGAAGAAUGAGUUACAACCCAUACCUCUGUUAAUAUCUAAUAACAUGUUGUUUAAUAAUCUCUCAUUCCUUGCACAUUUUACGUAGUACAUCCACAUUAGUUACACGAUCCCUAUCAGAUUCUUAAGUUGCAUCUGUAACACCACAUCACGAAGGCCUCCUAGCUUUCGUAAAUAAGCCUCAGAAAAUGUCCAAGCCUCUACUCCGUGAAAUAACGUAGAAAAUACAGCUUACAUAGCAUCUGAUGCUAGUAUGCUAGAGAUUUUAGUACCAAAUAAUGGUAAAUCGUAACUGCUGAAAAAAGACUUCAUCUUUAUGAACGCUGAUCUUGCUGAUAUUAGCGUUUUAAACACUUUUAAUACAUUAUAUGGUGAUGAGUGCACGACGAACCGGCUAAAUCACGCAAAAGAGGGAAACAUAACAGUGAAAUAAAAAAGAAUGAAACUAGUAGAGGUGGGAAAUUAUCAAUAGAAGCCUAUGAAUUUACAUUACAUUGAUAGUUUCCCACCUUUAGACGUGUCAACUGCCACUGUGACAGGAGAAUUUUAUAUGCAAGCCCACGGUUAUUAGACUUUAUUAAUGUCUAAGAACCGUGAUGCAAGCCAAGAAAGAGAGUAAGAAGAAGAAGAAUAUUCUCAUGUGGCAGUUGGUUUGAUUCCGAUACAUCUAAAGUGGGAAACUAUACUAUUAAUAUAAUAUAAAUUUAUAGAUUGUACCACCUACUAGUUUCAUCUCUUUUUAUUUUACAAUUACAACGUACUAUGUUCUCUGUCUUUUCAGUUAUGUUGCCGAUUAUUAGAGCACUCAUCACUGUAUGAACACCGUCCCUUGUAUUGCAAAAUUUCAAAAUAAUUUUUGUGAGAUAAUAGACUUUUGUAUAUUAUAAUAAAAAAUGUAAUGUGUUUUUAUGUAAUAAAAAUAUACGUGUU